AAUCGUAUUAUAUCUAUGAGAGUUAAGUCAAUCAUGCGUGACAUUGGGUAUGGACAGAAAAAAAAAUGUCUUAUUUUGUAUAAAGUGCAAGCAUUGAGUAAACUUACUGUCAAUAUGCUUAGAAGGGCAGGAAAGCGUGCAUACACCUUUGAGGUUGGUAAGACAGAAGAAAAGAACACGAACAUUAAAGUGGAACGAACCAGCGAAGAUGAAGAUGGCUCGGAAAAAGAGAACGACGUGUUAGAAACUGCAGUUUUUGGUGGUUUAGUUUCUGUUGAACCGACAAAGGGGGCGAAAGAGAAUGAAUCUGACGAAGAAUCGGUUGAAGAUUCUAGUCAAAACGCUUUAUGGUCAGACGAAGACGACUUGGUUCCAGACACUGAUACGUUGAUUUAUAAUGCAAGUAAAAAUAAAGAUAAAGUUAUAUCAGCAAGACAGAAACAGUUCGAGAAAACAGUAGGGUCCACACCUACCUGGGCAAAAGCAGUAAAUAAAAAGGAAUCUAGCGAAUAUGUUACAAUAACUGCUUCCAAGUAUAUUGCUGAUUCCCAUUCUACUUUGGAGCCAAGAACCAUCAACUUAAGUAAAUGUGUGGAUCUAAACAAACAGCAAACAUCAUUGCAAAGAUUGGAAGGGUGCGAGUUCCACAAAGAUGCCCAGAUUGCACUCACUGCUUCCCAGGAUUGUAGACUCAAUUUAUUCCAAGUGGAUGGCAAAACAAAUGCAAAAAUCCACAGUUUGUUUAUGGAUAAAUAUCCAAUUCGUUGCGCUCAUUUUCUGGCAAAUGGAAGCGAAAUACUUAUGUCUUCCAAUCUAAAGUGGCUGUAUAGUUACGACCUAAUUUCUGGGACUGUGCAGAAGAUACCGUAUAUCAAAGGAAUAAAGGACACCAAGUUCACCAACUUUAAAGUAUCUCCUGAUGGAAAACACUUGGUAUUUCUUUCAAAGUUCGGCAAAAUGCACCUGGUAGACGCAAGAACAAAAGAGGCAAUUACAAGCUUUAAAAUGAACGGAAGUGUUUCAGACAUUGAUUUUAUGAGCGGUGGUGAGAAAAUGCUUUCUAUUGGAGAUGAAGGAAUUGUCUGUAUUUGGGACAUAAGGAUGCAGAAAAGUGUUGGAAUGUUCACAGAUGAAGGAUGUGUAAAUGGAACAGCAAUCGCUGCAUCACAGAACAGUUCUUACUUCGCCUGUGGAUCUUAUAGCGGAAUAGUAAACUUGUAUGACGAGCAAUGUCUCACAAAAUCAACACCUCAACCACUCAAAUCAUUCAUGAAUCUACAGUCUCCAAUUACAACUCUAAAGUUUAACUCAACUUCCGAAAUUCUUGCAAUGGCUUCAAAUUACCAGCACAAUGCUGUGAAACUUGUCCAUACUGCGUCAUUGACAGCUUUUACCAAUUUUCCAGACUUUUCCGAUAAAUUUAUCAAACUGCCACGUUUUGUUGACUUUUCAGCCAACAGCGGUUACAUGCUUUUAGGAAAUAGCCACGGCAGAGCUUAUCUUUAUCGGCUUAACCAUUUUAAACGCUAUUAAUUUUUUUUUCUGUCUGAAAAGUAGUUGUUUUAUUUUACUGCCAAUGUUUCAGUUCUUAAAACUAUGUUGCAAUAAGAAUAUGGUGUGCAAGCACGUAUUUCAAACAAAAUAAGACUUCAUUGGUUAUAGUUUUAAGAUGUUUCUUUUGAUUUAAGGUUGCCAAUGUAUUGCAUUGUUCAGUUAGUUUUCCACAAAAUCGUUUAAAAACAUUACAGUUUUUCAUGUAUGCUAAUCACUGAAUACCGCAAAAAUAUGUUGGUGUCUUAUAACAACUGCCUCUUUUCAUUGCA